UUGCUGGAGGCCAAAGCGGCCAAGAUCCCGGCGCGCCGCGAGAGCGGCCGCCCCAUCAAGCCGCCCCGCAAGGACCUGCCCGACUCGCAGCAGCACCAGACCUCCAAGAAGGGCAAGCUCUCGGAGCAGCUCAAGUACUGCAACGGCAUCCUCAAGGAGCUGCUCUCCAAGAAGCACGCCGCCUACGCCUGGCCCUUCUACAAGCCCGUCGACGCCUCCGCGCUGGGGCUGCACGACUACCACGAGAUCAUCAAGCACCCCAUGGACCUCAGCACCAUCAAGCGGAAGAUGGAGAACCGGGACUACCACGACGCGCAGGAGUUCGCCGCCGACGUGCGGUUAAUGUUCUCCAACUGCUACAAGUACAACCCGCCCGACCACGACGUGGUGGCCAUGGCCCGCAAGCUGCAGGGUGUGCUCGACUUCAGCUCGGCCCUUUUUGCCGCCUCUGCCUCUUUUGGGGAUGUUUUUGACACCUUUUUAUUUUCGGGAUAUGUUCAAGUUCAGCUCCGCCCUUUUUUGACGCCUCUGCUCUCCUUUCCGUCCAUGAACUCCAAGAAGGCGGCCAAGGCGGCGCUGCCGCCGCCGCCGGUGCUCUACGACUCGGAGGAGGAGGAGGAGAGCAAGCCCAUGACGUACGACGAGAAGCGCCAGCUCAGCCUCGACAUCAACAAGCUGCCCGGCGAGAAGCUGGGCCGCGUCGUGCACAUCAUCCAGUCGCGGGAGCCGUCGCUGCGCGACUCCAACCCCGAGGAGAUCGAGAUCGACUUCGAGACCCUCAAGCCCUCGACGCUGCGCGAGCUCGAGCGCUACGUGCUCUCCUGCCUGCGCAAGAAGCCGCGCAAGCCCUACAGCGAAAGUGAGCGCCUUGGGGACAGGAAAGGGGAGCGGGCGCUGGAGAAGAAGCGGGAGCUGGAGAAGCGGCUGCAGGACGUGAGCGGGCAGCUCAACUCGGCCAAGAAGCCGCCCAAAAAAGGGCUGGGCGGUGUCACGAUAGGGCUGGGAACAGCUCAACUUGGCCAAGAAGUCAUUGAAUGA